AAAUUAAAUAUUUUUUUUGUAAAUGUGUUUUUUUUCCUGAUAAUGAUGAAGCAUUUGUAUGCAUUCCUCUCAUACAUUGCAACAUCAGUCACUAAAAUAUCAGUAAGAAUAAAUUCUAUUUUUUUAUUUAAUUCUACAAAUUAUAUUAUCUUAUAACGUUUUGUCUUCUUUUUAGUUUGCAGUUGUGGAAUUUGAUAAUUCAUGUGAUGAAUCUCGGACAAUAGUAGAAGUAAUUCCUUCUAAAUAGCUAUUUGAUAAUAAUACUAAGAGUAAAUAUCCAUCUAAAAAAAAUAAACUUAAAGCCACUCGAUUGGUUAUGUCAAGAAUGGAUCCAGGACAAAAUUGGAAUAUCUAUAAUCUUCAUUUUCAUCAUUAUUAUAGUACAUACAAUACUGCUCUAAAAGCAGCUAAAACAGUUCUAGAAGGAGAGGUUGCUCGCACAGAAGUAGAAACAGAUUAUGAUCAACCAAGAAAGAGAAAAAAGAAUAUGAAAUACGUAUCAUCUUCAGAAGAUGAAGAAGUGGAUAAUUCUUCAUCAAAAGUUCCUCGUGGUGCAAGUAGUAGUGUACCUGCACCAGAUUCUGGACUUCAAAAUAAAUUAAAAGUACUUCUUAAAACUAAAUCUGUAAAAGCAUCUGCUAUAUGUCAUCAAAAGAACACUCAUAUUGGAAAAUUAUUUUCUCGUAAUGAGUCACACGUAACUCAUGAUACUACAUUAGAUAAAAAUCCAAAUGAUUCUUUAUUAAAUAAGAGUAUGUCUAUUUAUGUUUGUGACUUAUUUAAAUGUUUAUAAAAUUUUAUAAAUAGUCCUUUACUUUAUAAAUAAAAUUAUUUUUAUAAUUUUAGUUGAACACCAAAAACAUUUAUCUCAUAAAGAUUGGCACACAAAUGUUGGAAAAAUUUGCAGAGUCAUCGCAAUUAAAGAAGAUCAAGUUUGAUAAAAAAAUUAUCCCGAAAUUUGCAACAUUUAGAUAAAGAAAACCAUCCUUAUUUGUUUGAUAUUUCUCAAAAGAGUUUGUCUCCUCAAUUGACUGCGAACAAUUAUGAACAAUCUACAUUAGACAGUUCUUCGUCAGAGUCGAAGAACACACAGU